UUUACUUUGAGUCGUUUCUACAGAAGAUCCACUAAUCUUGUUUUCUCUUCUCAUGCGCUCAUGUUGUUCUCAGAUCAGCAUGACCCUGGCGUUGACCCCUGCGGCCGUGUGCCAGUGCUUCACGCUCGUGUCGCUGUGCACGUCUAUCGCAGAUCCCAACUGGAUCCAGGUCCAGAACUGCUCUGAUUCGAGCAGCAAACUCAUCUACGGUGUGGCCUUCACACUGCACGCCUAUCAGAAUCUCACAGACACAGGUCCGUUGGGGGGGCUGUAUGGAUGGGGAAUGUGGCUGCUGUACUCUCUAGCCGUUCUCUGCUACAGCGCCGUCCUGUUUUCCAGUUCCUCUUUCCUGCUGGAUUUCCUCGGAGCAGCUGUCACUCACUCAAAGCUGGUGACGUCUCUGCACUUCUUGACAGCGUUCAUCUGCGUGACGGUUGUGGGUGUGUGUGUGGCCUGUAUGAGUGUGAUUGAGCACAAUCUGCAGCGAGGGAAGACGGAAAGCGGCCCUGCGCUCUGCAUGUCUGCAGGAGAAAGCUUCUACAUCGAGAUGUUGGGCCUGCUCUUCUCCUUUAUAGCGUGCACUUUGGCCCUCAAGGGUCAUCCUGAACCCAUCGGGCCCCGUGAGUACCUGAGCGUGGAUGGAGAAGACAGUGAUACAGAGCCUUUGAUUGGUGGAGCUGAGAGGGAGGAGUGAACAGACAGAGUUAUGCACUUCAUUUCUAAUGGCAGAAGAGCAAGAGCAAAGCUGAACAAGAGCUGAUGUUAGAUCAGGUGAUCUCGGAGCACGUACAGAACGAAUGAAAUCCAGAAUUUAAGAAUCAGCUCCUUCUGGUUCAUCAGUGAAUUGAUCACAGUAUACAGGAUCCCAACUGUCGAGGUUCUCUGAACAAACGUUCCUCCAGGAAUGUUUGUUCGAAAUUAUCUAGUCUUUAAUAAUGCUCUCAAAUCAAACGUUAUUUAUACAUAAUUUUCUGAAAUGUUUGAGUUGGAUGUUUUUUAAAUGUUACUAAUUGUUUCAGAACAUUCCGAGAACAUUCAAAAGUAACAUUCCCGUAAUGUUUGCGAAAUUUUAAAACGGAAUGUUCUUUUAAAUGUUUGAAUAACCAAGAAAAAAACAUUUUCAAAUUUGUAAAAACUGGACGUUUUAAAUGUUCGGAAAUAACAUUACACUUAAAAGUAAUUCAGCAAUCACAAAACAGUGAAAACAUGUUUUUGUUAAAACAUUAAUUAUGUCAUUAAUUCAGACUAAUUGUGACUAGCCUAUUUAUUUGCUGAUAUGUAGAACUCAUUUUUCAGAAUUGAUUUGAAAUUAAAUUGUUAAAGCACCACAUUGUUUUGACUCUAUAUAUAAUUCUCAGGGAUAAACUGGAGCAUUCUGGGUUUUAUAGCAUAAUAAUCCAUAAACUCAAAUUUAAUUUGGUGGGACUUUACAGUAAGAUUCAUGUUAAUAAUGAAUGACAUUCAGACAUUUAUAAGUGUGACUUAAGUGAAAAAAAUAUUUUUUCCCCAACUGCUGUAUAUGAAUUAAAUUCACAUUUCUUCAUUCUAAAAAUAUUAGUAACAUCAUCUAAUCUUUCUUAAAAUGGCCUAAAUGUUGUGUGAUGAGUGUAUGUUUAUGGGUCAUUUGUAGUGAAAAAUUAAAUGUCUAAUGAAUUUCUCUAAUUCUACUUAAUUGGCAAUUCUGUAUCCUCAAUUCUGUAGCCUCAAUUCAAAUUCAGUUCAUAUUCAGUAUUCACCUCACUGAUGUUGUGUUAGGAACCAACUCUAAACAAACUAUCUCAGCCUUCAUGUCAACAUAUUAUAAUGCAUAAUCAUCUUUAAUAUUCAAUUUAUACAUAAAUAAGAAUAAUUCAUAUAAUACUCAAUGUAAUCUAGUUGCCCAGGUUACAAACAACUACAGUGUGAACAGAAAUUGGACUAAAACCCGAUCAACAUUCAGAGUCCACUUUCUAGUCCACAUGCAAUGUGAAUGCAAACAGAACUGAAUUCUUGACUCAAGUGUGAAAACUAAAAUAUUCAGGGCUGUUUUUAUUUGAUUGGCGAUCAGUGGCGCAAUGUCUGUCGAGAAACUAGUAAACAAAUCAAACAUCACUCCUCAACGUGCCUUGAGCUUCCUUUCUGUUCAUACUGUAUUUCUAUUCCCUCUUUUAACCAGAAUCAUAUUGCACCAUAUUUGAUAUUCUAGUAUUUUACUGGAAUUAUGAUGCCGUUCAGCCCAAAAUGACAGUUCUGUCAUCAUUUGCUCAACCUCAUGUUGU